AGGAUGGCGAACAACUGCACUUACAUGGGAGGCGGGAUUCCGCUGUCAUCUGAGUUCUUUAAAGUGAUCAAGAAUGAUCUUUGGCUGUUUCUCCUUCCCGCUGGGUUUGCUAUUCUGCUGCUUGCUCUUUUUAUGGAGGAGAUUGGCUUCUUUUUGCGUCAUGUUCCCUCUCCUCAGCGCAGACGUCUCAGCCUGUGGAUCCUGGGAAUAUACCCAGUCUUCGGGAUGACGUCUAUUGUCUCACUGUACGUUCCUCGCUCCUCAUCUCUAUGUAGUUUCAUCGCUUCACUAUAUCACUCCAUUACACUGUUAAAGUUCAUGGGUCUUAUCCAGGACUUCUUUGGGGGGAAGGCCCGGAUGCUGGAGGCACUGGCAGGGGAGCAGGUGUCUCCAAACCCCUUCCCAUGUUGCUGUUGCUGCUGUCUUCCACUUUUUAACAUCAACAAGAACACUGUGCGCUGGAUGAUGGCUGCCGUACUUCAGCUCUCUGUGGUCAGAACACUCCUAUUCUUUCUUACUCUUGUUCUCUGGACAGAUGAACAGUAUGACUAUGGGGAUGUGAAUUCGGCCAACCCCAACUUGUAUAUCAAUGCCAUCAUUGCUGUUUCUACAUUUCUAUCAUUUUAUGGCUACCUGCUUUUUUACAAAGCAACAAAAGAGGCAUUGCCUGGAUAUGGCAUUCGAGCCAAGUUUAUUUGCAUCAUUAUUAUCCUGGUUCUUUGUGGAUUACAAAGUGGAAUUUUGGAGACGAUGGGUGCACUAAGAGUUAUUCCCUGCACACCUCCAUUCUCUGACAUCUUUCGAUCUCAAUUAAUUUACCACUAUGCUAUUAUUGUGGAGAUGUUCUGCAUCAGCCUAUUUGCACAUCAAACGUUCCGGAAAGUCGAACCGUUUCAUGAGGAGGAGGAUGAAAUGGUCGUAAGAGUUCUCAGUGAAAAAGCGAUUCAGACAGAGGAAGAGCUAUCAUGUGCUGUGCAGCUGUCGGGUCAAGAGGAUGAGCCAUGCUAUUCAAACAUUGGAUACAACAGUGACAGUGAAGAAGAUAGCCUCUGUAAAAUUGAGCAUGCUCCACUGGGCCAUUUCCCAUUUUCUUUUCCCUUACAGCACACACUACAAACUGCCGCAAGCACACAUAAGGUUCAUACCAAACCACCUGAAGACUCCACAAGAGUGGAGCUUCCAACAAAUACUGUGAGAGCUGAGAUUAACCAUACUGACAAUGCAGAUGCUACUAUUGUAUAACAGAAAGAGAGAGACUUGCAGCACUUUAUAAAUGACUUCACUGAGGCCCAAGAGAUUAAAAACACAUUUUAACUCUUGCUUUGAGACUUUGAUGUUUGAAUGUAGUGACACAUGUGAUACUUUGUUCACACAAUGGCUUCAACAAGGUCGACACACCCAAACCAAAAUAACUAGCAUCUCUGCACUAAUGUUUAAUGAAGAAAAUGAUUAAAUAUAAUUAAGAUCUAAAGACAAUAGCCUAUAUAAAGAAAUAAUUUCCCUUUGUGCAUGUUUAUAUUAAUAGCAAAUUAAAAUAAAGGAAAAAUAAUUUAUUUUUGUUUACCAAAACAUAUAGCAUAAAUAUGCACCAAAAAUGAAUGUUACAUAGGCUGAAUUCAGGUAGAUUGGGAUUUUUUACAUGAACUUUAAAUUGUUAUACGGGAUGUUUACAUUUUAUUCAAUUCUUACACAUACACAUGAAUUAUUUCCAUAUGUUUGCUAAAGCUAAAUAUUUGUAUAUGUUAAUUUCUUAUUCAUAUACAAAGUAAA